GAAAGAAUCUGUGAAAGUAUGUGAAUAGAGACUUAUUUUCAUACCAUGGGGGAAAGAGAAAGAAGUCCAGAUACUGACCAAGAAAGUGAGGCAGGCAAACACCAUUACUAUUAUUGUUCGUCUGAUUUUGGAACCACACCACAGUCUUCUGGCCAGUCAUCGCUGGUCAAUCCUUCCUCACCUAUGAUUAUCAAGGGAAAACAUCCUAAAAGACACAUUUCAGAUAGCCAAGUGCAUCACCAAGCCCCUAGGAAACCAAGUCCUAAGGGUCCAGCCAAUAGAAAGGGAGUGAGAUUUCGCUCCCAGAGCCUCAGUAGGGAGCCACCAAGGAAAGAUACUGAUCUUGUUACAAAACGGGUUCUUUCUGCAAGACUGCUAAAAAUCAAUGCAUUGCAGAAUGAAAUAACUGAACUCCAGGUCAAAUUAGCUGAGCUGCUAAAAGAAAAUAAGGCUUUGAAAAGGCUUCAGUACAGACAGGAGAAAGCCCUGAAUAAGUUUGAAGAUACAGAAAAUGAAAUCUCACAACUUAUUGCUCGUCAUAACAAUGAGAUUACAGCACUCAAAGAACGCUUAAGAAAAUCUCAAGAGAAAGAACGCACAACUGAGAAAAGGGUGAAAGAAGCAGAAGAGGAACUAUAUAGGACGAAAUUUUCCUUGAAGAAACUGAAAAAGAUCUCUGAGGCUAGACACCUACCUGAACGAGAUGACUUGGCAAAGAAACUAGUUGCAGCAGAGUUAAAAUUAGACGACACUGAAAGAAGAAUCAAGGAACUAACAAAAAACCUUGAACUGAGUAGUAACAGUUUCCAACGACAGUUGCUUGCUGAAAGGAAAAAGGCAUACGACGCUCAUGAUGAAAAUAAAGUUCUUCAAAACAAGCUGCAACAACUAUAUGAAAAACUAAAGGAAAAGGAGAGAGAAUUGGAUAUAAAAAACAUAUAUUCUAAUCGUCUACCAAAGUCUUCUCCAAAGAAAGAAAAAGGAAAUAUAUCAAGAAAAAAUGCUGCAUGCCAAUGUGAUUUUACAUACCAGUGUACAAAAGGAGUACAAACCAGUGAAGACUUCAAGCUGGAAGAAUUUCCUAUUACACCACAAAGAGUUAUGUGUUAUGAAAACAAAUGGGAACCCAAACAUCUUACUUUGAACCUGAACUAUGAAGAGAGAAAUGAGCAUGAAGAAGCAGGGAUUCUAAACCCAGCUGUACAAAGAAAAGAAAAAUUUGUUAAAGAUCAAGGAAUCCGUGUUGUAAAACAAGAGGCUGAGAAACUGGAUGAUGAAUGGGAAAGAGAAAAGCUUGCUAAAAAGCAAAAAGACAAGACACCUAUGCUGGAAAGAGAAGCUAAGCCAGCUUUGGAAACUGGAAAAUACCAAGUGAAAAUGUACCAAAUUAAAAAUAUUGAUAAAUUAGAAGAAGAGGAAGAAGAAAGACUGAAAAGAGAACUGCUACUUGCUAAAAUGAAUGAAAUCAACAGAGAACUCCAAGAUUCUCAGAAUCUAAAAGGUCCUUUUUUGCCAUUGCUACCUGAUUUAGAAUCUGAACUGCACCCCCCAGAGAAAAGCCCCAAAACAUACAUGUUCUCUGAAUCCUCAGAGAGAUUAUUCAAUGGCCAUCACUUGCAAGACAUCAGUCUUUUUACUUCAAAAGGAGAUGAUCAGAACCCAGGACGUAUCAGAAGCCCAGUCUCUCCAAAUGAGCUUGCAUUUGGCAGCUAUGUGCCUUCAUUUGCAAAAGCAUCAGGGAAGUCAAAUAAUUUUAGCCAAAAAAGUGGCCUUUUGGAUUUCCAAAGAAACGGAAUAGAGAAACUUAGUAAAGACAAUGUAGAUUUAACUACAAGAAAAGAGAAAAAAGCUAAUCUGAUGGAACAGCUAUUCGGUACAAGUGGCAGCAGCACCAUUUCUUCUAAAAGCAGCGACCAGAGUUCUCUGGCUGCCAGCAAAGGAGACUUUGACCCUUUAGAUUUUCUCUCUAGGGACAAAAGCAGCAGGGGUAGAGAACAUAAUGAAGAUGACUUUUUCUUCAGUGAAGGAAGACGUUUUAAUCCAAGCAGACACAGAUUAAGAAAUGCAAACAAUAAACCAGCAGCAAAAGCAGUUGGUUCUGUAGAAGAUGAAAUAGAAGACAUAGCACUGAGAUGA